UCUGUAUAUUAGUAGAUGCUACAAAAUACUUCGUAGUGGAAGCUAAGUGAGCCUCACAAUUAUUAUUCUUGUAGGGUUGGUAGGAAACAAGAACACAUGCACCUUGAUAUCUUAUUAAUGCAAAACAUACAAUCAUGCUUCAUAUUAAUAUGUAUUGCUAAAGAUCAAGAACUAGCUCAGAUACUUCAUAGAGAGCCUGGCCAUCUCUUCUACACAAAUCUUCUUUUACUCCAUCUUUCAUUUUAGUUUGUUCUGGAAGUCUUCAUAAGUAGAUAAAGAUAGUAUACAAAUUUAUCUCUACUUCAUAUUUAAAUUCCGUUUUAUUUAAAUAUAUGAGUAUAGUGAAAGAUUUACAGAGUGUUAUAGAUACUACAUGAUUAAAAAUAUAAUGGCCGACGGUUUUAUGAAGUAUAAACGAUUUAUUCAAAUAAGAGCAGUUUUCACGUAUUAUCAGGAGUUCGAGUAUUCAACAAGAGGUUGUAAUGGCUGAACGAGUUGCACACCCUGGCCCUUGGGAUCGUUCUGUUUUAGUUAUGAUACCCGGUGAGCAUCGUGCUGAUCGUGUGUGGCACGAAUCAGCAUUUCGAAAUGACAAACUGAGGUGCCAUCACUAUUCGUCAUGUGCCUAUGUUGAUGAUGGUCCUCGUCAUCCUGGGGUGGUACGGUUGUUGAGAGCAUCUGGGUUUCACGGUGUCGAGAGAAUAGGACAAAUACAGUUAGAUUGGUCACUUCUGACUGCGUUAGUGGAGAGGUGGAGACCCGAGGUACACGCAUUUCAUUUGCCCUUUGGUGAGGUAGGAUUGGCUUUACAGGAUGUGCAAGUGUUGUUGGGGUUGCCCAUUGACGGCAUACCACUCAUUGGUCCCACGAUUACUGAUAAGGCAGCGUUGUUGCAGAUGUGUGCACAGUCUGCUUGUUUUAUACCAGAAGAUGAUGAUUUAAAUUCAGCUACCAUAAAAGUAACGAAUAUCCACCCCAUUCCAUUAACCGAUUGGAGCACUGAAAACGAGGUGACUCAACACACUAGGGCCCUCAUUUGGCAGUUGUUAGGUGGUUCAUUAUUCCCUACCACUAGUGGAAACAUGGCUAGUUGGUAUUUCUUGGAGUUGUUGCAGGGGAACUUAGUAGAUGUGCGCCGAUGGAGCUGGGGCUCAGCGGUCUUGGCCUAUCUGUAUCACACCAUGUGUAAGGCGGCCAAGGCCCAGACUAAACAGAUUGGAGGAUGUUUAAUCCUUCUACAAAUCUGGGCAUGGGAGAGAUUGCUGAUGGUUCGGCCCCAAGGUCAUCUCCCACUUGACCAUACAUUGGAUUUUCCGUAUGCUGUUAGGUGGGCGUGUCAACAUGAUUGGCAGCAAACAAACAGAUUUUCGUUACGGGUAUAUAGGGACCAACUAGAUCGGAUGACGGAAGAUGAGUUCGAAUGGAUCCCCUAACCGUUGAUGAACCUUCCAGCAUAUUGUCAUGAUGCGAACGAUUUGUGGGCUGCGGAGGUUCCAUUGAUUUAUACACGUUUUUCUAAGGCACACUAUCCUAGGAGGUUUUGUCGUCAAUUCAACGCAUAUCAGGAUCGACCCGCUCCGGUUGUGGCAGGGCAUCGUCACCACAAUAGUGGAUCACGAUUCAUGGUCGAGCUUGUUGAAGAAUGGGCAUUACUGUGGAACAAAAUAUUCCCACUUCAGUGGGUUGACGAAGGUCCUUUCAUUAGUGAUGAGUACCGCGAGUGGUACCGUAAUGUAGGAAAACGACGACUCACAAACCCGUGUGUUGAUCGUCCCACUCAGGGAUUCGUUCCUGCUCACCCACAAGCGGCUAUUGCGUUGCUUGUGACACACAUCAUACGGCCGCAUCGGAAUGUUUGCAUCAUCUCGGAUAGGCAUGCGGCUAUAGAUUAUGCAUUUCGGAAUGUGGAAGAAUUGGGAACACCUCGAUUUCAGAGACGUUACUGUCUUCGCCACAUUAGAAGCAACUUCAUGUCCCAAUUUAGAAGUAAACAACUAAAGAAGUUGUGUUGGCGAGCGGGAAGUACCCCGAUUGUAAGUGAGUUUAACCAUUUCAUGCAACAAAUUAGGGGUACUAACG